CUGGCCACACAAACAGAUGAGGAACACAACACAGUCCACUACAGAGAGAGAAACUAGUGUUAGUUUACUGAAUGUGGAAAUGAAAAUAUAGAAAAGGGUAAAACUCAGAGAAGAAGAAACAACAUGGAUGAUGUCUAAGAAUAUGUGAACGUCGUACGAGGUAAAGUCAGAACAGAUAUCACAGAUUCAAUGCCACGAGAAUCCAGUCAUAUAGCACGGAUAAAGAUUCAAUAAGAGACUCAGAAGACUGAACAGAAAGGAUUGUUGAUAUCUACGUCAGUGCAGAGGCUGUAAGAGACAUGAAACAUAAGAAAGAGACAGAAGACUUCAACACAGAAGAACCCCGAACACCUCGACACACAGGAAGUGAUGGUGUGAUGAUCUCCAGAGCAGCUGCAGUAGUGUUUGUGCUGCUGUGUGUUCUUCUGCUGACUGCACGCAUUAUACUGUGUGCCACCUUCACUCAAGAGAGACAACAGCUGCUGACUAAGAUCACCAACCUUACAGUAGAAAGAGACCAGCUACUAACAAACAAUAUGAACCUCACAGAAGAGAGAGACCAGCUGAAAUCAGAAAGAAAUGAUCUUCAGAAGAAGUUUGCGGAUGGAUGGAAGUUUAAUCAAUCCAGUCUUUACUUCUUUUCCUCUGAGAAGAAGAGCUGGACUGAGAGCAGAAGAUACUGUAGAGAGAGAGGAACAGAUCUGAUCAUCAUCAACAACACAGAGGAACAAGAUUUUGUGAAGAAUAUUUGUGGUUCUGAUCAUUUCUGGAUUGGUUUGACUGAUGUUGAAGAGGAGGGCAGAUGGAAAUGGGUUGAUGGCAGCAACAUCAACAUCACCUCUGGGUUCUGGGCGCGUGGAGAACCAAACGACUAUCAGGGAAACGAAGACUGUGCUAACAUUCAUUCAUCAGGAUGGUUUGAUUCUCCAUACUAA